GUCGACCGAGGUUGUGCCAUAGGCUUGGCGAUUGCGGCCGCCAAGUCAUGGCAGGUGCCGUCCGAGGUGAACGGGGAUCACCUCUUCGCUGAAUUGGCCCAAGUAGGCGCCAAGAUCCUCCUGUUCGCCGAGAGGGGCGCCCGGCGCCUCAAUGAGACAAAGCGAGAGGCGCUGGAGGCCUCCUCAUCUGCUUCCCAAAUG